AGCUCAAACCAAAAACACGCCCAUUUUAGUACACACACAGAAACAGCAAUGGAGUUUUCUUCUUCUCCUUCAUUCAACAGAAACGAUAACAAUAACAAAGCUGCAUACUCUCCCUCUGCCCCACCCAUACCCGGCCCGGAUGAGCCCCACUUAGCCCACCCGUAUCAGCCAUCUCGGGCGCCCAAUCCUCAAGACUAUUACUACCACCAUUCCACUUCCUCCUCUUCCCCGCCGGCCUCCGCCCCUUAUCAAUAUCCGGGUCAAUACGGCAGCGGGGGUUAUGGUUCGGGUCAGCAAUACGGGUAUGGGUAUCCACCACCUCAGCAGCAGCAGCAGCAGCAGCAGUAUUAUCCUGGGUACAAUCCGCCGGCUUCUUUCCCGCCGGGGACUGAUCCGGAGGUCAUUCGGAGCUUCCAGAUGGUGGACCGGGAUCGGAGCGGGUUCAUUGAGGAAACUGAGCUCCAGCAAGCUCUAUCUUCGAAUUAUCAACGCUUUAGCUUGCGGACUAUCCGUUUGCUGAUCUUUCUCUUCAAAAACCCAUCUGAUUCUGCACUCAGAAUCGGGCCCAAAGAAUUUGCUGCUUUGUGGAGCUGUCUCAGUCAAUGGCGGGUUUGUUUUCCUUUAACUCUUGUCUUCUGUUUACUUCUUGAGAUUAUUCUUAUACGAGCUGGUCGACGUAUGUAGUGUCUGUAUGCAAGCCAGUAAUCUUACAUGGUUGUCUUUACUUGCCUGUAUCUGCAUAAGUGGUAUGAUUGCUGGUGAUUAAAACUGUAAAGCAUAAUUUUUCAAAGAAUAAGCAUCUCAUUAGCAGAAACUCUUUGGAUAUAUUCUGCUUAUUUGAUGUAGGGUAGAAAGAACUAUGUUAUGUGAGUGAUUUUGUCAUCUUCCUAGAUCAACGGUCGAGGAGUAUACUCUAAACCAAGAAGUAUUUGGCCCUAAUGGACUCGGUGCAUUUUGUGAAAUGUUGCUAAUGAGUUAUCUUGUCCCUGUAAGCAUGUAUAAUUCAUAUCUUAUAAAAACUUGAGGUUAUUAGAUUUCUUUUUCUUGGUACUAACCAAAGAUUUUGAAAACCUCUCAUGGUAUAAUGUUUUUUCUUUCAAUUUCAUUAUGGUUCUGGGAGCAGUGGUUGGGGUUUUGAACUUAUAGUGUACUUUCUUCCUUAGUAAGAUUUUUCUAUUCCUGUAACUGGUCCAACAAGUUCAUUUUAUUCAUUUUCUUUCCUCGUGUUUUUCUUCAGGCUUUUAACUUUCAAACAAUUUGUUAACCAUUGUAUUUCUCCUUUUAGGCUAUAUUUGAAAGAUUUGAUAGAGAUCGUAGUGGGAAAAUUGAUGCAACAGAACUAAGAGAUGCUCUGCAUAGCAUUGGCUAUGCAGUACCCAAUUCUGUUUUUCAAGUUCUUGUUUCCAGAUACAAUGAAGGGAAUGGCAGAAGGGUUGAACUCAAUUUUGACAGUUUUGUUGAGUAAGGAUCCUCGCAUUAUCCCUUGACCAUCCUAUUUCUUCUUUCAUUCCCUUACAUUUGAAGGGAGGCACCAGUGUGUAACUUAUUUAACUGAGCCUUUUUUCUCUUCUCUGCAGAUGUGGGAUGAUUGUGAAGGUAUGCAUAAAAUUUCACUUUCUAUUUAGCAACUCUCCUUUUUACAGUUUGUGGCAAAUUAUUUCAUGACAUCUUUUAUGAUUCUCGCUGAUGCCUACAUUUGUCAAAAUACAUGCAGGGUCUGACUGAAAAGUUCAAGGAGAAGGAUCCUCGUUAUACUGGCUCUGCAACUUUGAGUUAUGAUACAUUCAUGACCAUGAUCCUUCCAUUCCUUGUAUCAUACUAGCAAUGUACGUUCAUUCUGUAUAAAUUUAAGUUGUAUGAUACUUGAGGAAACUAUACUUGUACAUUAUUAGGGAGAGUGGGAGACGAAAGUGAAUUUGAGGUUUCUUGUAUGUAUCUUGGUUUUCUUUGUACCAGACCUUUGUUGGUGUGAUAUAAGAAAUGUUGUUCCUGUAGCGUGUGUUGAAUAAUUUUUCUUUUGGGAUUUUAUGUGAGAGAUGUCUGCAGUUGAAACAAUCAUUUGAAGAAAUGUUGUGAUUUGUGAUUAUCAUGCACUGAGCUCCAAGAUGAAAGUAUGCAUAUUAUCUGGAGACUGGAAUGGUGCCUCUGAUAUCUUCUUGAUAGCCAUUGUUCGUAGUCACAACAAAUAGCAAAGCCAACGUAACCCAGAAGAUUUUGAUAUGGAAUAAAGAAUGAUGUGCAUGUAGAUGUAAGAGGGAAUUUGACCUAGUUGAGGCCCGAAACUGGUAUUAAGGCUAUUAGCUUUUGAUUUUGAUAUUGGAAUGCAAAAGCUAGAAAUAGCCUGGCUACUGGAAGUGAGAAAGCAAGGGAAAGUGGUCAGUGAGAUUCAUUACUCUUUCUGUAAGGCCUACCAAAAAUUCUAGGCAUCUGAAUAGUUAAACGUCUACAAGACUACAAACUGGCAAAUUUACAACAAAUAAUGCAAAUUGUAGCCGUUAUUAUAGACUAAUGGUAGUAGCUUAUAUACAGCAAGGUUCCGAACAUAGGAAAAGUGGACAAAAAAAGAUUACAGCAGAAACUGCCAUUCUGCAUUGAUGUACUUAAUGAUUUGGCAAACAUGAAUAUCAGCAGGAGUCUGUUCAGCUUGAUUUCUUUAACAGCAAACGUUAUGUUCCAGAUGAUCCUUCAAGUCUGACAAUGAAAGGAUAGCUCGAAGAAACUUGGUAGGCAAAUUGAACCUUGAAUAUGAUGACACUCGUGUGCCUCACAAUCAAAGGACUAACAGGUGAAAAUUUAUGCUCUGGAAAUUAUGACCCUGAUAAUGAUAAACU